CUGGCGCUGGCCGUUACCCCCGAUAACGCGCUGGCUCGACACAAGCAGUUCCAGCAGGGGCUAGACGCUAGACGCAAGUCUCGAGUCUCGACCGCGAUCAUUGAUCAAUGUGAAUAUUGUGAUUGUGAGUGAAGUUGGAUGCACAUGCGAGACGGUGGAAGUGUGCCGAUGUGGGCAUUGAAACACCGUGCGCGUUGAUUCCACGACGGUCGGUCAAUUUUCACAGGAGAAUCCUAGGGAAAUCCGAGGGUAUUAGUUUUCUCAUGUUUCUCAGUGUGGAAAAUUAGUGAGACUUGAGUCUUAACUAGACUAAACUAGGUUCUAUUUUAUUUGGGAUAUGGCAGAAAAUCUAUGAACAUUCGGAACGAGAGGAUAUCAAGUGGCACUUGGCUGGGCAUCGCUAGUUCCGGCCGGAACCUAACCUCCGAACAUGCUCGAAAACCAGUUGACGGUGUGGCUGCUGGUGUUCGCCGCCAGAUGGGGCUGGGGUAGGGGCUCGCCCUCACCCGAAGACUGGGUGUCCGGCGCCCCCUUCAGCCCCUAUUCGCCGGACGACAACAGGGUGGACACCUUCACGUCGGCCUUCCUCAACGUCACCUUCCUCACCGAGGACGGUUGGAAGUGGGACAAAACGGACGUCGGGCGGUAUGGCGGUGGAUACGUCGGUCCGGCUUCCGGCGAGCUGGUUCACAUCACCUCCCUCGUCAGACCGGACGAUCACACCGGCUGCCAAACGCCCUUCGGCAGCUCCAGGUCGGACCGGCAGCUGCCUCCCGCCGACACCCCCUGGAUAGCGCUGGUCAAGAGGGGGCGCUGCAACUUCGAGGUCAAGGUCGAGAACGCCUUCAGGAGCAACGCGGCCGGCGUGCUGGUCUACAACGACAGGGACUCCGCCUCCUUGGACAAGAUGAAGCUGUCGGCCGAAUCGAGGCGUAAUAUCAGUGCAGUAUUCAUUUACAAAUGGAAGGGAGAAGAGUUAGCAAAUAAACUUGAAAAUAACUCAAAAAUCUACGUACACAUCACCAUAGCUGGUCAUACUUCGUCAAGGGCAGCUAAUAUCAAUAGGACUUCAGUUUUGUUCGUGUCAAUUACCUUCAUAGUCCUGAUGAUCAUAUCUUUGACAUGGCUAGUAUUCUAUUACGUACAGAGAUUCAGAUACAUUCGUACCAAAGAUAAAAUUUCGAGAAGACUUUGCAACGCUGCCAAAAAAGCUCUGUCAAAAAUUCCAACAAAAAGUUUGAAAUCUGAAGAUAAGGAAACACAAAGCGAAGUAGAAUGCUGUGCCAUUUGUAUAGAACACUACAAAUUGACAGAAACCUUGAGGAUACUUCCAUGUGGGCAUGAGUUUCACAAAAACUGUAUAGACCCAUGGCUCCUAGAGCACAGGACUUGUCCAAUGUGCAAAAUGGAUAUACUCAAAUACUAUGGAUUCGUGUUUACUGGAAGCCAAGAGAGCAUACUUCAAUUCGAUGCGGACAUUGGGGGCCAAAACUCAUUGGGAAGUUCCAGCUCCAACAGCCCAAGGAGAUUGGGAGGACUUAGCCCUUUGCCUGAAAUAAGGGCUGCGAUAAUAUCUGACAGACAAAUGCCAAGAUAUUUCGAAAACUCCGUGGACGAAGACAGCAGCCGAGCCUCGACCCCCAACGAAAUGACCCCCAGUCUGUCCCAAAGGGGAAUUUUCCCUGUCAGACAGGAGCUGUGCGUCAGCUGCAUAGCUGCCAAGGCUGCGGCCAGCCUCACUCAACUGGCGGCAGACAGGAUCGUGGUGGACUCCAAGGAGGACUCCUCUUCUUCUUCUUCGUAUAGUGACGGAGACAUUCAACAAGUGCUUUCUAUAGAUUAUUCGAAUAGUGGACAGGACGCUAAGAGUCAUGGCGGAUUUACGAAACGUGAUGCGUGAAUUUCAUUAUUUCUUGAUUGACAGAAACAAAAUGCCUAUGAUUUUUUUUUAUUAGGUACUUGCCAUAGCAGUUAUGGAGGCCCUUGAGGGAAUUCCAACAG